AUAAGAAGCAGUUUCUGAUUCUUGAGGAGUUAUACGACAAACCUACGACCUUAUAGCAUUCUCGCUGUACUGGGGCUAUCAUAAUUUGUAAGUGAAAACUAUGCUGCAAUGAUUGCAACGUUGAGUGAGAUUUCAAUGUGACUGGGUAACAGAAGCGCUUAUUAUUGAAAAAGAUGGGGGACGAAUACCUGGCUGAGCCUGAGGAUGAGGAGGUGGUCACAUCAAUGUGGCCUGAGAAUAUAGGGGAUAAACACCAGAAGCAGUUCAAAAUGGAAAACCUUGGGAAGGGCCAAGAUGCACUCAAGGAUGUUAAGUUUCAAGAGAAGCCUUCUUCCGUGGAUUUCCACCGCCUUCUGGAAUUGGCAAAUUCUGAGAAAGGCAUUUCUCAAAUGCAAUACUUCGUGAAGCACUGGGAAUAUAAAAGGGCGAAUACUGCUCGGCUUCUAAAGGAACAAAUCGGCUUUCUUUGCCAACAGAGGAAAGAGAUUGAACAAAAGAAGCAGCAAAUACUGGAGGAACAGCACUUUCAGGAUGAAAGUUAUUACACUGUUAAACGGCAAGUCCCAAUACUAGAUGAAGUGUAUAAAGAUGAAUGGAAGCGUCCAAGCAAAAAGAAUGAUGACCUUUCUCAUAAUCAAGAACUUAAAAUAGAUGCAGAAUUCGACAGUAUUUUGUACUGGAAAGAGAGGGCAAUGCAGUUAGAAAAGACACUCGAGGCAAGUCUUCAAAGGGAGCGUUCGUUGGAGGAAAAGUUGGAGGAAAAUAUAAAGAAUCUUCAGUCACACACUCCAGUUGAGGAAUUCUCUGGAAUGUUACAACGUGCUGAUUACUUCUUGCACUUGGUUCUUCAAAGUGCCCCUAUCGUUAUUGCUCAUCAGGAUGUUGACUUACGGUACAGGUUCAUAUUUAAUCACUUCCCGACAUUGGCUGAUGAGGAUGUUAUUGGUAAGACAGAUUACGAGAUAUUGUCAGGUGAGGGUAUAGAAGAGAUGAAUAAUGUCAAGAAAGAGGUCAUGGCCAGUGGUAGACCUACUAAGAGGGAGUUUGUAUUUAAUACGCCAUUGUUUGGAGCGAAAACCUUUGUGACAUACAUUGAGCCAGUAUUUAGCAAAUCUGGGGAAACAAUUGGUGUGAAUUAUGUUGCAAUGGACAUAACAGAUCAGGUUACACGAAGAGAGAAAAUGGCAGACAUAAGGGUGAGAGAAGCUGUACAAAAGGCCAAGGAGACAGAACUUAGCAAAUCUCUUCAUAUAACAGAGGAAACAAUGCGAGCAAAACAAAUGCUAGCCACCAUGUCACAUGAGAUCAGAUCUCCUCUUUCAGGGGUUCUUAGCAUGGCUGAAAUUCUUGCAACCACCAAACUGGAUAAAGAGCAAUAUCAGUUGCUAGAAGUUAUGGUGUCAUCUGGAGAUCUUGUAUUGCAAUUGAUCAACGACAUCCUUGAUCUUUCGAAAGUGGAAUCAGGAGCUAUGAAAUUAGAAGCUACGACAUUUAGACCAAGGGAAGUCGUUAAACAUGUACUCCAGACUGCAGCAGCAUCUCUGAAGAAGGAAUUGAUCCUUGAAGGGUCCAUAGGUGAUGAUGUUCCAUUGGAGGUCACUGGUGAUGUGCUGAGGAUUCGGCAAAUUCUGACCAAUUUAAUCAGCAAUGCAGUGAAGUUUACACAUGAAGGGAAGGUUGGCAUAAAUCUACAUGUUCUAGACAAGCGGUUACCAGGAUGCAGAGUAGAAAGUGGGCAGCUUCAUCCAAAAGCUCAUUCUGCACCAGAUGCUGCUGCAGAACAUUUUUCUGACUCUCCAAGAAAAUGCGAUAAUGAUUCUUUGGGCUGCUCCAAUCAUGAAGAUGCAUAUCAGACACCAUCAAAUGAUAACUUUGGGGAGCACCAUGAGGGAGAGGAAGUUGUUUGGCUUCGCUGUGAUGUAUAUGACACUGGAAUAGGAAUACCAGAGAAGUCCUUGCCAUUGCUAUUCAAGAGGUAUAUGCAAGCAAGUGAUGACCAUGCAAGAAAAUAUGGUGGGACAGGGCUUGGCCUUGCGAUAUGCAAGCAGCUGGUGGAGUUAAUGGGUGGCACUCUAACUGUGGUCAGCAAAGAGAAUGAAGGAUCAACAUUUUCAUUUGUCCUGCCUUGCAAAAUUCCUGUAAAGGAGGAUAACAGUGAUGAUCCAGAUGAUAUGCCCAAUUCUCGUGGUGAUUUCACUACUAGUGAUAUAGAAGGUUCUUUCCUUUUCAAGCCACAAGCACGGCCUUAUCUAUUGUCAUCUGGAGUUUCAGUAAUGAACAACACCAAGUUGGUCGGUGGCAACCUUCUGUUCUAUGAUCCUCCUAACAUACUAGAGGACCGCAAGCAGUUCUCAAAUGGUUUUGUUUUAGCGGAAGAUCAUUCUACAAACUCUGCCUCUACUGCUCAUCAAUCAAAUAGUCCUAGUAUUAGGAGCACAAAUGAAGAACAGCAUGACAAUGCAAUGGUCAUUGACCUGAAUAGGCAAGUUGAACGGGAUUCCAGUUCACAAGGUGACACAACAUCAGUUUCAGGUUCAAUUCAUGAGGAAAGGGAACCAUGCAAAGUUCAUGAAGAAAAGUCACUUCACAAGAAAUCCAAGUGUUCUCGAAGUAGCAAUAAGGCAAAAAUUCUCCUUGUUGAAGAUAACAAAGUCAAUAUAAUGGUAGCGAAAUCAAUGUUGGAGCAGCUGGGCCAUGGAUUAGAUAUUGUAAAUAAUGGAAUGGAAGCAAUUCGUGCAGUACAGAAGCGCCAAUAUGAUAUUAUCCUGAUGGAUGUUCACAUGCCAGAAAUGGAUGGCCUACAAGCCACUAAAUUUAUCCGUUCUUUUGAGAAUACUGGCUGUUGGGAUGCUUCUGUAAAGCCUGAACACGAUCAAAUGAUAGCUGGCUCAGUUAUUUUGUCUGAUUGUGCACACAUGAAAAAGCAAGGAAAGCGGGUUCCUAUAAUUGCGAUGACAGCAAAUUCCUUCGCAGAGAGCGCUGAAGAGUGCCUUGCUGCAGGCAUGGAUUCCUACAUAUCUAAGCCAGUGAAUUUCCAAAAUAUUAAAGAAUGCCUGCAGCAGUAUUUACCACCCAGUGACUGACUAAUUAUUGUAAAGUAGAAAAGGCAAUUUGUAGUUAGGAAAGUUUUGUGAAAAUCACAUCGAUCUUUUCUUGUAAAUCUUGUUCUCUGGAUGCAUCAACUGCACAAUAAAUAUAGGGUAUCCUGUCUUCUCAACCAUUUACCUACUAUUGGGAGACAGACGGAGACAGAGCUCUUUUUUGGAGAGCAUUCUGACCUAGCCCCAUCGGUAACAUCAUAUAGCUAACUCUAAACUUUAGGGUCCUCAUUUGUUUUAUGUGACAUAUAUUGUACCACUUGUAUAUAGUACUCCUGAAGGUUCUUAUCUUUUAGCAAUUAGCCAUCUGUAUCAUGAGCAACAUCAGUUUUAUGAUGAUGCAACGUAGAUUAAAACUAUCCUGUUUCUGAUGUAAGAUUGCAAUCAAUACAGAUCAAGCCAAUGGCCUUCGAUAACAA